UCCAGCGCCUGCCUUGUGUGUUUGGGGCAGGGCAGCAGCGUUGUUCAAAACGUACGGUGAAGAAGCUGAGCACCUCGGCGAUUUUCAUGAAAAACAGUUUGAGUAUCUGCUGAUAAAUCAGCCUGAGAAAGAGGAGGAGGAGGGAAGAGAGAGGGAGAGAGGGGGAAGAGCUGCAGAGGAGGAGAAGAAGCGACAGAGGAGAAGAGGAGGGGGACUAGGAGGAGGAAAAAAGAUCGGGACAGAAGAAAAUGCCGCAGAUUUGACUGAAAAGAUGUCCAGUGUCACAAUGGAAGCGACCACCAUUCUCCCCGUUCUCAAGAAGAAACUGGCCUUCUUGUCGGGGGGCAAAGACCGGCGCAGUGGUCUGAUCCUGACCAUCCCUCUCGGUUCAGAUCAGACCAGCAUGGAGGAGCUUAGCGCCACACUGGACUACCUGCUUAGCAUCCCAAGUGAGAAGUGUAAGGCUCGAGGUUUCACUGUUAUCGUGGAUGGACGGAAGUCUCAGUGGAACAUCGUGAAGACCGUGGUGCUCAUGUUGCAGAAUGUGAUCCCAGCCGAAGUGUCGCUGGUCUGCGUGGUGAAGCCCGACGAAUUCUGGGACAAGAAGGUCACACACUUCUGCUUCUGGAAGGAGAAAGACCGCCUGGGCUUUGAGGUGAUCCUGGUUUCAGCCAAUAAGCUGACUCGUUACAUUGAACCGUGUCAGCUGACGGAUGAUUUCGGAGGAAGUCUGGACUACGACCACAGCGACUGGCUCAACAAGAGACUGGUUUUCGAGAAGUUCACAAAGGAGUCGACAUCACUGCUGGACGAACUGUCGAUUAUCAAUGAUGCCGACAAAAGCAGCUCUGUGGACAAGGACAAAUCAGCCGACUGCGCCCUGUUGCCAUCGUUUGACCCUGAGACUGUCCUUCAGACCGGUCAUGAGUUGCUGUCGGAGCUGCAGCAGCGUCGUUUUAACGGCUCAGAGGGAGGAGGAGGAGGCGGACAGGGAGGUCCCGCCUGGUGUCCGAUGGAGGAGGAGCUGCUGGCUCAGCCUCAGGUGAUGAAGCUGCUGGACUCACUCAGGGAGCAGUACACCAAAUACCAGGAGCUCUGCAGGCAGCGAAACAAACGCACCCAGCUGGAUGAGAUCCAUGCCAAAGUCAUGCAGGUGGUCACCUGGCUGCAGGGUCCUGGUUCCGAGCUGCUGAAGACUCAGCAAGCUAUCGGGGACUCGAUGCGAGCGGCUCAGGCACUGCAACAGAAACACGAGGAGAUCGAGAGCCAGCACAGUGAGUGGUUUGCUGUUUAUGUGGAGCUGAACCAGCAGAUUGCUGCCUUGCUCAGCGCCGGAGAGGAGGAGGAAGUGGCCGAGCUGAAGGCGUUGCAGCAGCAGCUGAGCGACGUCUGCUACCGGCAGGCGGCUCAGCUGGAGAGCCGACAGAACAUCCUGCAGGCAGCACAGGGCUUUCACAGCACCACACAGGAGUUGUCUCAGCAGUUGGACGGUCUGCUGGGCAUGCUCUGUGCGGAUGUGGCUCCAGCUGAUGGAGCAUCUAUUCAACAAAACCUCAAACUGCUGGAGGAGAAGCUGCAGACUGUUGAAGCAGGUCUUGCCUCCCUGCGUCAGAAGGGGGCGUUGUUGCUGGAGCAGAUGUGCAGCCAGCCCUCGUGGCCGCUGGAGGACACGGAGAGUCCAACCGCAGACCAGCAGGACAACGUUCAACAGAUUCAGUCUGUGAUGGAGGACAUGCAGCUCCGCAAGCAGAGAUGUGAGGACAUGGUGGAUGUAAGGAGGCUGAAGAUGCUACAGAUGGUCCAACUGUUUAAAUGUGAAGAAGAUGCUUUGCAGGCAGUGGAGUGGCUCGGUGAGUUGUUGGAUGCCUUGUUGAAGACUCACGUCAGACUGGGAGACGACUCUCAGGAGACCAGGACCAUGUUGGACAAACACAGGAAGUUUGUGGAUGUCGCUCAGAGCACCUACGAUUAUGGCCGUCAGCUGCUGCAGGCCACCGUUGUCCUCUGUCAGUCUUUGCGCUGUACGACACGCUCGUCUGGAGACACUCUGCCCAGACUCAACAGAGUCUGGAAACAGUUCAGCGUCAGCGCUGAGGAACGACAGCAGAGGCUGGAGCUGGCGCUCAACUUCCACACUGCUGCUGAGAGGGUGUUACAGCAGGAAUGUGUAGAGGCAGAGUCCUUGGAUGAAGUCGACUCUUUGGGAAAAACUCUGCUGGACAGAUUGACCCUGCCUGUGAUCUUCCCUGAUGGGAGCGAGCAGUUCUUUGGGAGUCCCAGCGAUACGGCAGCAGCAGCGGAGGGUGUCAGAGAGCGCCUCCUGUUGGUGGAAGAGCGGCGUCUGCAACUGCAGGAGGCGAGGCUACACGAUGACGAGGAGCAGGAGGAAGAAGUGCUGAACGGGCAGGAUGCAAGACUAGAUGUUAUCGGAGAGGAACUUAGUGAGAAAGAGGAGCAAGAUGAAGAGGAGGAAGAAGCAGGACAACAGGAUGAAGAUUUAGAGAGGGCUACGCAGGACUGCUAACGGGUCGCUGACGAUGUUAAACCGAGCAGCCUUAAUGAAGCUUGUCAGCGAAGAGCUGCUGAUUUCUACAGACCUCUCACGUGUUCUCGCCUAAGGCGGGAUCGCCUUCUGCCGGCUGCUCGUCUCACUGCAGCGGCAGGUUUUUCUCUACAUUACGACUACAUUUCACCAUCAGCAUUGCUGCUUAACCCUUCCCACAAGAGGAUAAAGACGUGAUUUCUCCAUCUGGGUCUGGAAGAUCAGGCGUAACAAAUGUAACAUACUGGAAUUAUUUACUGGAAUGUCUACCCCUUUGCUCUGUUGAUGAUAAUCAACUGUAAAAUAAUCCAUUUCGGAUGAGAAUGCUCUCAGCUUGUAACUAACCGCUUCCUCCUCCUCCUCCUCCUCCUCUUCCUAAAUCCCUGCAGUAGCUUCUAUGGUGCUUACUCCAGCUUUCCGUUGGUCUUAUUCCUGCAUCAACGGUCCUGAUUCAGCAGUACAGAUAAACUGGGAAAAAAAGCUUGUUUUUGUCCAGCUUUUUGGAGCUCGAGGAAAUGUGUAAAGUUCAAAAAGGCAACAAUUUCCAUUCAGCAUAAAGCUAAAUGUCUGGGGAUUUGUUUCAAAGUCUAACUGAAGUUUGAAAUUUUUUUCAACAUAAUCACCUUAUUCAUGGCCUCGUGUUUGCAGUGUGCUACAUGUGUCUUUCCUUUUUUUUUUUCGUGAAUAAAAAAAAAAUACUUGUAAUAAUAUAAUGAUGAACAGUACACCUUAAAUGGUACGGCGUCUAUGAAAUAAGGACACCUGCCUUCUUCUACCAAAGGUUCAAAGAAAGUGGCUUCAGAUAGCAGUAAUAAACUAAGCAUAAUUUUUCUAAACUUGUCUAUGACUAAAUGAAACAUUUAGGGGCUUUUAGUGCUUAACUGCAUCAAGUUCUGCUGCAGAGCUUUUCAGAUCCUUCAUUCAUUUGCUGUUAGAAAUAAAGUACCAUAAAGUUACUGUAUGUUAGAGAAGCCAGGUACACCCUUUAGUAGUAGAUGGUAGAGGUGUGUUUCUCCAAGUCACUGAGAAAAAGGCAGACACCUGCACCACAGCACUGACUUUAGUAACCAGUAAACAUAAUGUAAGCAAAGUAUCUUGGAAUAGGAAAGUGUCUGUGGUUUGAGCAUCUAGGAGGCCAUUUUUCAUUGAGACACCUUCAGGUACCAUGUUUCACAGCCAACUAGAGAACAUUAUUCUGAAAAUCUUGAGUGUGCAUACUUUACUUUUUUCUUUUUGGCAGUUUCUGGAUGAGCAGCUACCAUUAAUAUUAUGCUAAUGAGUUUUGAAUCAACAGCGAAGGCAGAGGCUGCAUCAGUGUGGCUGAGUCAGCAGCUCUCACACUGAUUUAUACAAAUGAGGGGGUGUAGGUUCUUUUUCAAGUGACCUCAGUACCCUGUAUGAGUCUCAUGAACCAGCCAGCGAUGCAGGUCACUCUGAUCAUGGUUGGGGUCAAGCUGUGUGGGACUACAGUUGGUAGUGUGAUGUAAUAAAGUAUAUCAAAAUGUAAAUGUCAGAUUAUUCAUUUAAUAUGGUUUUAUAGUGAUCCUGCACUGACAUGCUAUAUCCAGAUCUAUAUUUAGGGUUUUGGCUGGCUGUGUUCUUUUUUUUUUUUUAUUAAACAUUCAUCCAAAAUGUGUUUUUGUAUCCAUUUCAAACUUUAAGCCUCCCUCGAUGAGUGGGGAGGACACAGAAAUAUGAUUAAGAUUUUUAAAUUGAGUCAUUCACACUUUUUAAUUUUGGGACUACUUGGGCCUCCGUAUUUGAACAAAUGAAUACUAAGGAGAGAGAGAGAGAGAUUUCUUGGCAUAAGUUUUAAUUUCAGUUCGACUUGAAACACUUUCUGUUGAAACUCUGAGCCUUGACAUCAGCGCUGUAACAUUGUGUUCAUGGUACUUGGAUCUGUCAAGGACUCAGAGGCUCCUUGGAACUAAAGAAGAACCCAUCAUGGUGCAGAUCAACCCCUGCUGUCCACUCACAGGAUUGAAGUGACCUCUGACCUCACCCCAGUGUCUGGUUGUCAUUUCCCAACGUAGCAACAUCUCAAAAGAACUGAUUUUUUUUUUUUUUUUUUUUUUUCUCUGACAAUUUUCAAACAAACCUCUCAGUAACUUGUUGGUGUUUUGACCAAUAACUGCUGCUGUAAGUGUAAUUGCUAAAUGCUUUAUUCCCUCUUUCCAAUGACAUGUACCAUGACAUCAAUACAACAUCCUUCUCUAAAUAAAGCUUUUGAACUUG